CUGUAUGUACACUAUAUUGACAAAAGUAAUGGGACACCCCUCCAAAGUCUUGGAUUCAGGUGUUCCAAUCAUCUCCAUGGACACAGGUGCAUGCAGGCUGCUUCUACAAACAUUUGUGAAAUAAUUGGCCACUCUUAGGAGCUCAGUGAAUUCAAGCGUGGUACCCGUGAUAGGUUGCCACCUGUGCAGUAAGUCCAUCCGUGAAAUUUCCUUGCUACUAAUAUUCCUUGGUCAGCUGUUAGUGAUAUUAUAACAAGGUGGAAGCAACUGGGAACAACAGAAACUCAGCCAUGAAGUGCUAGGCCAUGGAAAAUGACAGAGUGGGGUUAGCGCAUGCACAGUGCGCAAGUCACCAACUGUCUGCAGAGUCAAUAGCUAAAGACCUCCAGACUUCAUGUGGCCUUCAGAUUAGAAAAAUAACGGUGUGUAGAGAGCUUCAUAAAUGGGUGUACAUGGCUGAGCAGCUGCAUCCAGGCCCUACAUCACUAAUUGCAAUGCAAAGUGUCGGAUGCAGUGGCAUUUAAAGCAUGCUGUCACUGGACUCUGG